AUGACUUUGGAACGUUGGCCGCCGGCACAAAUGGGAAAAAAAGAGGUGGAGGACCUUCUGAAGAAGGGUGCGUAUGGCGCCUUGAUGGAAGAUGACAAGGCGGGUGACGAGUUUUGCGAGGAGGACAUUGAUCAAAUUCUCCAGUCUCGGUCUCACGUUAUACAGCUGGAGCAAGGUGAAAAGAAUUCUACAUUUUCAAAGGCGACCUUCUCAAUUUCGGACACCCGCAAUGACAUCGCGCUGGACGAUCCGGACUUUUGGCAAAAAUGGGCUAAAAAGGCUGGUGUUGAGGAGGCAGGCCUAGAGUUUGAGGCUGAAAACAGUUCUAAUGCCUACAGUUCUGGUGAUGAUGACAACGGCAGCGUUUCUCGUGGCAACAGUGGCAAGGGAGGUGGUGGCAACGGUCGGAAACAUAACCGGCGCCGGUCCAGACGCCAUGGUCUCCCUCGCUCCGCUUCUGCUCUCGUGGACGGCGCCUGGACCGAGGGUGGCGUUGGCCAG